GGAGAGGUCCAAGGUCAGAGGUUGCGGAACCGUCAUGGCGGCGCUGUGUAGGACCCGUGCCGUCACUGCCGAGAGCCAGCUCCGGCGAGUGUUUCUCCUUUCUCGGCCGUGUCGAGGCGCAGGCACCGAGAGUAGCUCCGGGAGUGAGAGUUCCGAUUCCACAGAGCCUAAAAUGCGCCAAGGCGGCUUCGCGAGCGCUCUGGAGCGGCAUUCGAAGCUGUGGCGGAAGGCGGAGCUCGGGGAGAAGACCGGCUCUCCAAAAAAUGUGGAAUCCUUUGCAUCUAUGCUGAGACAUUCUCCUCUUACACAGAUGGGACCUGCCAAGGAUAAACUAGUCAUUGGACGAAUCUUCCAUAUUGUAGAAAAUGAUCUUUAUAUAGAUUUUGGUGGCAAGUUUCAUUGUGUAUGUAGAAGACCAGAAGUGGAUGGAGAUCUACAGAAACUGAGAGAUGCACAUCACAUGGACUGGUCUUUCAGGCCAUGUAAAGCAGUGAAAUACCAGAAGGGAACCAGAGUCCGGCUGCGGCUGUUAGAUCUUGAACUUACAUCUAGGUUCCUGGGAGCGACCACAGAUACAACUAUACUCGAGGCGGAUGCAAUUCUCUUAGGAAUCCAGGAGAGUAAAGAUGCAAAAUCAAAAGAGGAACAUUGUGAAUAAGAAACAAACUUUGCUUAAUGGAGUCACUCCUGUUUUGUUGAACCCAGAUAUUCAAGAAUGCAAUUAGAAAAUUGUGAAUAAAUGAUUGAAAGAAGACACAAUAAAUGAAAGCUAUAAUUAUA